CACAGUACUCUCUCGGCGCAUUUUAUCUGGGCCAUGUCCGAUGACGAGGAUGAUUACUAUGAGUAUGAUGAGUUCGAAGAUGAUGGGAUUUUCUGGGUCGAGGAAGCAGACCCAACUGCCGCUGAUGACCUAGCAGCAGCUGCUACGUACGAUUCUUCAUUUCCUGACGAUCCGUCCCUCGAAACCGCAGACCUAUACAGUGACUGGGAGGAGAUUUCUGAUGAUUACUAUGAUGACGACCCCACCGUCGUUAGGAGACUUCGCGCCAUAGGUGCAUGGCCGAUCGACCAGCCAACCCAUAUCAACGCGCCCUCCUCCAAACGCAGGAAAGGAGCGGCUACUCUCGCAGCGGACUUAACCUCAUUCCAAGGUGUCGCAUGGAAACAUCCCCAGGAUGAGACGGACGUGGUCGAGAUUUACGCCCCCGGAGACGGGGAAAAGGUGUCCUUAUUGAAAAACUGGAGGGAAGUAUUCAGGGACGCCAAGCCAGCAAUUGGACGCCUCCGCGGACGGAUUCCGCCUUCGAAGACAUUAGACGUCGUUUCGUCGGAGCAAAGCGAGUCUGAUCUUGACGUUCCAUCGUUGGUUGAGGAUAAUAUCGAAGAUGAGAUGGGUUCUUUGGACGCUGCGGAGGCACUACCAGCGAAUAUGUUACCCACUCGAAUCCAUUCCCAAGUGGUUAUUGAAACUCCUUCGCGGGAAUCGUCUGUUCAUUCGAAGAAAGGCAAGCUUGAGGAGUUGAAAAAUAUCCUGGAGCCGGUGAUAGAGGAUCAAGGGACAACAACCAAUGGUGCUGCUACCGAGUAUCCGGCCGAGGAGGCCAAAGAGCCUACGGCCACUGCACCGCAAAGGGGACGCAAACGGAAGGCUUCGAUCUCGGUAGACGAUCAACUGGACCAGUCCGGGAACAACACGGGGGCUGAAAGGCAGACUAGAGCGAAGCGAGCAGCGACGACAAAAUUUUCCCAGAACAAAACACUACUAACUGCAGAACCGGCCCCGGCCUCGUCGGCCCCUGUCCGCCGAUCAGCAAGGCACAAGAAAUAA